UGGAUAUUAUGGGAGAAGAUGAGGAUGGACUCUCGGAGAAGAACUGUCAAAAUAACUGUCGGUAAGAGGGUUGCUCUUGUGGAAAAUAUUCCUGAAGGGAUCAACUAUUCAGACAGUGCACCAUCCCACUUGUCUCUUUUCCAAGGCUGGAUGAAUUUGCUUAAUAUGGCUGAAAAGUCUGUUGACAUAGUAUCUUCCCAGUGGGACCUCAAUCACAGUCAUCCAUCAGCAUGCCAGGGUCAACGUCUUUUUGAAAAACUGCUUGAACUGGCAUCCCGAAAUAUUGAGAUAAAACUAGUGAGCGACAUACUGCCUGUGGAAUCAAAAGUAUUAAACGACUUGAAAUCAAAGGGUGCUGAAGUGCUAUAUAUGAACAUGUCAGCGUAUAAUGAAGGACGCCUUCAGUCAUCUUUCUGGAUUGUAGAUAAACAGCACGUGUACAUUGGAAGUGCAAGCCUGGACUGGAGAUCAUUGGGACAGAUGAAAGAACUUGGUGUCAUCGUGUACAACUGCAGCUGCCUGGUCCUAGAUUUACAAAGGAUAUUUGCCCUGUACAGUUCCUUAAAAUACAAGAAUAAAAUACCUCCAAGUUGGUCUAAGAGACUCUAUGGAGUCUACGAUACUCAGAACAAACUGACGCUGCAGCUGAAUGAGACAAAAUCAGAAGCUUUUGUGUCGAAUUCACCUAAACUCUUCUGCCCAAAGGACAGAGUCCUGGAUAUUGAAGCUAUAUACAAUGUUAUCGAUGAUGCCAAACAGUUUGUAUACAUAGCUGUCAUGGACUACUUGCCGAUCGUCAUUGACACAAAUGCUAAACGAUACUGGCCAUUUCUAGAUGGGAAGAUAAGAGAAGCAUUAGUUUUACGAAGUAUUAAAGUACGACUCCUCAUAAGUUUCUCAAGAGACACAGAUCCUCUUACUUUCAACUUUGUUUCGUCUCUCAAAGCUAUCUGCACUGAAGUUCCAAGCUGUAGUUUGAAAGUUAAAUUCUUUGACCUCGAGGAAGAGGGUGCGUGCUUUCUCAAAGAUCAGAAGAACACUUCCCUUCCAAAACUAAACCGUAACAAAUACAUGGUGACUGAUGGAGCUGCGUACAUUGGUAAUUUUGAUUGGGUAGGAAAUGCUUUUACGCAGAACGCUGGAGCAGGCCUCGUUAUCAACCAAGCAGACGCGGGGAACAGCACAAGCAUCAUAAAGCAACUCAAGGCUGUUUUUGAAAGAGACUGGUAUUCACAUUAUGCCAAAAGUUUACAACCAACAAAAAUGCCAAACUGUUUCAAUCACAAACUCAGUAAAGCAACAUCAAAUAAGACUGCCAUGAGCAAUGUGAACUAGAGAGACUAUUUUACUGUUUAGUAUGGCAAUGAAGAAUUACAUUGGGGUGUAGCCCUCUUUCAUAUUUACAGACAAAAG